AUGGCCUCGCCCUCAUCCACCUCUGUUCUUUCGUUCUCUACCAAACACAGAGUCUUCAUCCUUACCGACAUCACCAAUGAACCAGACGAUGCAGAGUCCUUCGUCCGGUAUCUCACCUACUCAAACCAAUUCCAAACGGAGGGAGUUGUAGCCACUACCUCAACCUGGCUGAAGAACAAGGUUGCACCAGAGAACCUACACGAGAUCAUCGAUGCAUAUGAGCUCGUGGUUGAUAACCUCAACAGCCAUGCUCAUCCAAGCUCCCCCUAUCCAUCUGCACAGGAGAUGCGGGACCUUGUCCGCUCCGGUCCUCCGGUCUAUGGAAUGGCCGCAGUCGAUGACGGCAUCCCCCUCAGCCCAGGCGGCGAGCUCCUCCUAGAGCGUCUGCAAGCUGACAACGACCAACCCCUCUGGGUCCUAAUCUGGGGCGGCUCCAACGUCCUCGCUCAAGUGCUUUACAGGAUUCGAGACCGGCCCGACGCGGCGCAGUUACGUGCAAAGCUGCGCGUAUAUGCCAUCUCCGACCAGGACGACACGGGCGCUUUCAUCCGACUUCGUUGGCCUGAGAUAUUCUACAUCUGUUCCGUACAUGGUUGGUCGCAGUACCCUAAUGCCGCUUGGACGGGAAUUUCUGGAGAGCACACUGGAGAGCAAGGUGGGCCGGACGGCUCAAAGGUUACCCAUGAGUGGAUAAAGGACAAUAUACAGAUUGGCCCCCUGGGCGCUGUGUAUCCUACCUUCAUGUUUAUCCCUGAGGGGGACACACCGACGUUUCUGUACCUUAUUCAGAACGGACUCGGCGUCCCUGAGGAGCCAUCGUAUGGGUCGUGGGGAGGACGAUAUCUCCCAGUGAAUGUAGGUAAACUGGGUUAUCCACGGGGCCACUUUGCCGAUGCCGCGGAUGAAGUUGUUGGGAUAGACGGACGGAAAUUCAGAUCGAAUCGUGCGACGAUCUGGCGGUGGAGGAAUACAUUUCAGGAGGACUUUGCAGCGCGCAUGCAGUGGACCUUGACGGGUGACUUUUCCAAGGUCAAUCACCAUCCUGUCAUAUCAAUCAAUGGCGAGGCACCUGGGAUCCAGCCUAUAUUUUUCGAGGCGGAGGCAGGAUCGACGAUCACUCUUGACGCCUCGUUAACCCAUGACCCAGAUGGAGAUGACCUAUGCUUCCAUUGGUUCCAAUACCGAGAACCGAGUGCUACCCAGACUUAUCACACCACGAAAGAGGUAGCUGAGCUGGGAAUCAAGGCGCUGAACGAUACUAAAACCAAGGUUGAGGUCUCAGUUCCACCGUGGGAACGCUCGUGCAUGGUUAUCCGUGAGAAGACUCCCCUUGAGAAGGGACCUUUGCUUCACUUGAUCUUGGAAGUCAAGGAUAGUGGCUCGCCUCCGUUGACGAGCUAUAGGAGGGAAAUAAUCCAGCCGUACAAUAGUAACUACAAGCCUUGA